GCUUGAAAACAAUGCAAAUCCAAGUUCACCAAAAAAACCCCAAUAAUAGAAUAAGAAAACAAAUCAUGAUAGUAUUGUGAAACCAUCAUACCGAUCAGAAAAUCAUAAUUUUUCUUUAUUGAAAGAUAAAUAUAUACAAGGAAACAAACUCGAUCCGUCCGGUAGAUCUGAAAAAUCAAACCAAAACCAGACCGAUUGAAGAAAGUAGUUUUUUUUUCCUUGUCGGAGAGAAAAGGGGAGAGAGAAAAGGGGAAAUAGCAUUACAAGUAAACCCUAAUACAGCUUUGGCUUCUUAAAUCUCAAUCCGUCCUAUACCCUAGAAGAAAGGGAGGUGGAGUUAGAGACUUGCAGUAGCUCGUGGCGCUGCAAUCGUGAUAUCGACUCCAGGUAAACCCUAAUUUAGUUUUGCUGUAUCUAAGAUUUGUACUUUGUAAAGAUGACUAAGGGUAAAGGUUCUCUUCCUUCUACAAGUCCUUUCGUUCUUCGUCGGCGAAUUGAAUCAUGUAAACUUAGUAAAUUACGAGUUGAUGAAAUUGUUGAACGUCUUCAGACUAACUUCCCCGAUUAUAAGCGUCAAAAGGUUGCCCCAUUUACCAAAUGUGUCCAACGAGCAUUAUUAGUGCAACAGGGAAGAAGAAAUUUCUCUGCAUCUCCUUCUAUAAAAGGUAGUGAUUAUCACGAUGAUGAUGAUGACGACGACGUUGACAAUGAAAUUAGCUCUGCUUCUCGAAGUCCUGCUCGUAAGAAAUUUAAGAAAAAGAGUGAUGAAAGUGAAGAGCGUCUUUGUCGUACAGAAGAUAAACACCUUCAGCGGAGGAUGAAGUUUAAGGAUUCUCCAUCACCUUCAGUGUCUUCUUCAUCAAGUGAUGAAGUUUCGGAAGAAGACGAAGAUAGAGAUGAUUUGACAUCUGAAGAUGCAAUUUAUGGGCUCAAAUUUGAACCUGAAGAGGAUUUGAUGAAGAAAAUGCUUAGGGAUAGUUACACUCCAAAGCGUGAGAAUUUAGAAAAUAAGAAUAUGGAAAUUGAAGUUGAAACUAAAUCAAAGAAGAAGACACAAAUGAUGGGGCCAGGUAAAGGUGAAAGAACAGGGAAGGGUAAAUUGAGGCAUUUAAAGAGUGUUGGAGAUACUGAAUCCAAGAAUGAUGACAAUGAGGUAGUCAAGGAUGGGCCAAAAUUUAAGGAUAUUGGAGGAUUAAAAGGGAUUCUGAAUGGGUUGAUCGAUGAGAUAAUUUUUCCACUUUGCCAUCCAGAAUUGCCUCGGCACUUGGGAGUUAAACCUCUGGCUGGGAUUUUGUUGCAUGGACCACCUGGAUGUGGGAAAACUAAGCUUGCUCAUGCUAUUGCUAACGAAACUGGAAUUCCAUUUUACAAAAUAUCGGCUACUGAAGUGGUUUCUGGUGUCUCAGGUGCAUCUGAGGAGAACAUACGUGAUCUGUUCUCAAAAGCAUAUAGGACUGCUCCUUCUAUUGUAUUCAUUGAUGAGAUUGAUGCUAUCGCUUCAAAAAGGGAAAAUCUACAGAGGGAGAUGGAAAAACGAAUAGUGACGCAACUAUUGACUUGCAUGGAUGAGUCAUAUGAAGUCCUAGGAACAACUGACGCAGUUUCAGGCUCAACAAAUUCUGGGAAAAAACCUGGUUAUGUUCUUGUAAUUGGAGCCACAAAUAGACCUGAUGCUGUAGAUCCUGCACUCAGAAGGCCCGGACGAUUUGAUCGAGAGAUUGCUUUGGGUGUUCCAGAUGAAAAUGCACGGGCUGAAAUCUUGUCUGUGUUAUCUCGUAAUCUUAGACUUGAGAUGGGUUGUAAUUUUGAUCUUGCAAAAAUUGCUAAAGCUACACCGGGUUUUGUUGGAGCUGACUUGUCAGCAUUGGUUAACAAGGCUGGUAAUCUUGCAAUGAAAAGGAUAAUUGAUAGCAGGAAACCUAAUUAUGAAGACACCAAUGCAGACUGGUGGAGGCAACCGUGGGAAGCUGGAGAGAUGGAAGGGCUCAGCAUUAGCAUGGGUGAUUUUGAGGACGCAGUAAAAAUGAUUCAACCAUCUUCGAGAAGAGAAGGAUUUUCAGCUAUUCCUAAUGUUAAGUGGGAGGAUGUUGGAGGGCUGGAUCUCUUGAGAAAGGAAUUUGACCGGUAUAUCGUUAGCCGUAUAAAACAUCCCGAGGAAUUUGAUGAAUUUGGUGUAGAUUUGGAGCAAGGAUUUUUGCUAUAUGGACCUCCUGGUUGUGGUAAAACUCUAAUUGCCAAGGCUAUAGCAAAUGAGGCUGGAGCAAAUUUUAUACACAUUAAGGGCCCUGAACUUUUGAACAAGUAUGUGGGAGAGAGUGAGUUGGCUGUUAGAACAAUUUUUAGUCGUGCUCGGACAUGUUCUCCAUGCAUUCUUUUCUUCGAUGAGGUGGAUGCUUUGACAACAAAGCGGGGAAAAGAUGGGGGAUGGGUUGUUGAGCGACCUUUGACCCAGCUACUCAUAGAGCUAGAUGGGGCUGAUAAACGGCGAGGCGUUUUUGUGAUUGGUGCGACAAACAGACCCGAGGUGAUGGACGAAGCUAUCAAACGACCAGGGCGAAUGGGGAAACACAUGUAUGUCCCUCUGCCGGGUCCUGAAGAGCGCGGGUUAAUUUUAAAAGCCAUUGCCAGGAAUAAACCUAUCUCGGAGGAUGUAGAUUUGGUUGCUAUUGGGCGGGAAGAAGCUUAUGAGAAUCUAAGUGGAGCUGAUCUUGCCGCAGUGAUUAAUGAAGCUGCCAUGAUUGCCCUAGAAGAGAAGCGAAUGUCAGGGGAUGGCAGUCUUGAAAGGAAUAAAUGGAUGAUCAACAAAACACACUUUGAUCGAGCAGUGGAGAAAAUUGCACCAUCUGUUUCAGACCAGCAACGAAGAUAUUAUGAGAAACUAUAAGGCAUUCAGGCGGAGAUGAGGAUGAUUAUACAACUGAAUAUGAAGAAACCAAUUUUUUUGUUGUCAUGGAAUUGCACACUUUGUGUUUGUAUCCCAAGUGUAAAAAUGAGUUAUAAUUUGGAUCCAAGUCCGAAGCAGAAAUUUUGUCCUAGGUUCACCAUGUUUUAAGGUGCAAGAGUAAAAGCAUAUGUAACCUUAUUUAGAAAUAACAAAAAAAGAAUUUGGCACCAAAAAUUAAAAACAUUCGUUGUUCGUCACUA